CGAGGAUAGGCCUUUAUCAUGGGUAAGAUGUUAUUAGAACAUCAGACCUUAGUGUUGAUGACAUCAUAGCAAGUUGGCUUGCGAUUGUGUUAUCAUCACAGCUAGAAAUUGGCGUGCUUGCUCCACUGACGCUUAUAUAAUCUGAAUUAAUUCUCUUGGUUUAGGACUUCUCCAUAGACUAAUUUCACCUCAAGAAGAACUUAACUUAACCCUUUCUUUACAGUGCUCCCACAUUCCGUACCAUCCAGGAAUCAAAAUGCCACAUCCUAUCCAACGAUCCGCUUGUGAUAGGUGUCACGGACAGAAGUUAAGAUGCUUGAGAUCUGGGUCUAGUGGUGCUUGUGUUCGUUGCACAAAAGCUAAGGCCGUUUGUACCUGGAGCCCCUCAUUACGAUGCAAGAGAGGCUUACGAUUUGGUAUCCUAGAUAGUCCUUUGCACGGUUCCGAAGACGCCCCAAACGCCCCAGACUCCACUGAUACUAUGGUGCUAGUGGAUGCACUUCACCCAUUCGUGCAUGAUAAUUCGGAGUUUGGCCUGAGUACCAAUACUUUUCAGCAAGGCUCGACGUUGUGGCCAGCGCCCCCUGUGGGUGAUUCAGCAUCGGGAUCCUCCCCAACCCUUGCCUUGUCUAACAAUUCACCACCACACUCUAUUCCCCAGCUGCAGCAGCAAGGCUCUUUCAGCUCUUGGCAGGAUCGCUUCAACCAGGAGUGGGAGAUGCUCUCUACGGAUAAACAGUUACACCCGAAAUGUAAUGUCUCAGAAGAACAGCCUGCCUCUCCAAAAGAACAGUCCGAAGAACUAUCCAAUCUUCCUGUAGCUAUUUUCCGGGAACUUUCCGAUUUGAAUGUGGAGUUAUUCUCGCUCUCUUCGGCUAUACCUAAACCUCCAAAAUCUACUACGCAGCCCCUAAGCUGGAAGGACAAAGAUUUCGCCAUUGAUAGGACGUUUCGGCUCUCACAAAAGUUGAUUGAGGCUCUGAAUAAGUUGUAUCCUCGUAACACAGGGAACACAGCAAUUAGCUCCACCUCAUCACCCAUCCGGGAAGAACACUCCGAGACAUCAUUCGACCAAUCAUCAUUUCUACUGGUACUCUCUUGCUACCAAAGACUUAUUGAGACGUAUGAUGAUAUCUUUGGCAAUAUGCAAGCCUGCCUAGAUCGCUCUACAACGACAGCUCCGGAAGAUUAUGUUUCAAUGCCCAGCAUGAAAGUUGGCUCUUUUUCGUUACCAAAUUCUUCCGCCCUCCAAAUCACCUUGGUACUUCAAUUGGCUAGGCAUCUCCUGCAGCGCAUGGGCUGUAUCAUAAAAGCCUUAGAUCGAUCACUCGUAACUACCAGCGAUGGCGCCAAUGACUUAAUGUCACUCACAUUCAAAGCCGUCCACACUAGAGAGGCUGACUUAAUUGAGAGGAUCAACAAGCUACGGAACACAUUAGUCUCCUUAGAUAUACUAUGA